AUGAAAAGAGUUGCCACAAUCUUAUUGGUGCUGUUCCUCGCAACUGUACUGUGUGGAGAACAUGAAAAGAACAGGUUUCAUUUUCAAGAGAGCCAGAACACUCCUGAAUACAAGGAGAAAAUAGCUGCUCAGAUAAAGGAGUCUAAGGAGAAUAAAUUGAAAGGAAUUAAUGUAUCUGAUGAUGAAAAGCUGAAAAUCCACAUUGUGUCCCAUUCUCAUGAUGACGUUGGCUUUAAGAAGACACUUGAUCAGUACUACUCUGGAUCAAACGAGAUGGUUGUCAGGGCUGGAGUCCAGUACAUUUUGGAUGAGGUUAUCCAACAUUUGGAUGAAGAUCCUACUAAGAGAUUCGUGUAUGCUGAGAUGGCCUUCUUUACCAGAUGGUGGGAUGAACAAAAUGAAGACAUGAAAAAUACUGUCAGAAGGCUAGUCACCAACGGGCAACUAGAGUUUAUCAACGGAGGAUGGAGUAUGAAUGACGAAGCGACUACCUAUUAUGAGGAUAUUAUUACCAACAUGCAGAAAGGUCAUCAAUUUUUACUCGAGGAAUUCGGAGUUACUCCAAAUGUCGGAUGGCAUCUUGAUCCAUUUGGCCACUCAAAUGCUCAAGCAGCUCUCUUUUCCAGAAUGGGCUUUGAUGCAUGGUACUUCUGCAGGAUUGAUUACAGAGACAAAGAAAAGAGAAGAGAUGAGAGUAAUCUAGAAUUCCUAUGGACUCCUUUCUUAGAAGAUAGAGGUGACAAGGACAGCAUCUUCACUCAUAUUACAUAUGAUAUGUAUUGGGGAAUCCCCAAUUUCUAUUUUGGGGAUUCUAGAACUGAAGAUCCUAUUGUGCCUGGUUUUACACUUGACCAAAGGUUAGAUGAAUUUGCAUCCUGGGUAUAUACCUUUAAGGACACGUUUAAGACAAAUAAUAUAUUUAUACCAUUCGGAGGAGACUUUAAUUACCAGAACGCUGCAACAAUCUUCAUCAACUUGGACAGACUUAUUAAGUAUGCAAAUGAAAGAUUUUCUGAUAUGGAUGUAUUCUAUUCCACUCCUAAUACUUAUAUCGAAGAGGUUAUGAAGACAGAAGGUGUUGAAUGGAGCACAAAUUAUGACGAUUUCUUCCCAUAUGCUGAUGACAAAGAGUCCUAUUGGACUGGGUUCUUUACCUCUAGAGCAAAUCAGAAGGGAUAUAUUAGAGAAGCCUCUAGACAAUAUAUGGCAUCAAACCAAUUCUUAGCUAUCGAAGCAGUCAAGAAAGUUAUUGAUAGUGAUAAACUUGCUAAGCAAGAAGUGCUCGAGGAUGCUCUUUCUAUAGCUCAGCAUCAUGAUGCUGCUACAGGAACUUCUAAGCAAUUUGUAGCAGAUGAUUACAUUGACUAUCUUUAUAACGGAAUCAAAGCAUCGGAAGAAGCACAAACUGAGAUUAUGACGGAUUUGAUUGACCCAAGCCUUGACUGGACUUUCUGAGAUGUUAAAAAUGGAACUCUUGACGAUUGAGCCAUCAUGAAAAGUUUGAGCGAAGGAAAGAAAGUCGUUGUAUCGAUUGCAAAUCCAUCUACAAUGAGAAGAACCAACGAAAUCGUUCAUUUCGAAAUUCCAAAUGAUGUAGAAAUCCAAGUUGAAGAUUUUUAUUCUCCUGACGUGGCAGUAAAGGGAGAAUCUUACUCAAUCAAAAAUAGUGACUUAGACACAGACUUAAGAACAUACUGGACUCUUCUUGUAGAUGAGGUUGAUUCUUUGGCAACCAGGUCUUAUGUUCUUUCUCCUACUCCUAAAUCUCCUUCCUCUGGAGUAGACAAUGGCCUUAAGACUGAUUCAGACGUCAAGUUUGAUUUUGAAAUCACAGAUGACUCUAUAGUAUCCAUACAUUACACAAAAUGUAGCCAAGAAUGUCAAUCCCUGGAUUUCGAGUUUGAAUACAGAUACUACACCUCAUAUGAGGGGAAGGGCCAAAAGUCAGGACUAUACAUAUUUAGAGAUGAGGGAGCUGGCCAAACAAGCCAAUCAUACAACACUAUUGUAGAUUUUCACAUUCAAAAAGGAGAUAUUGCAUCUGUUAUGCACUUAAGAGGAGAUAAGGUCGAUUCCAGAGUUGUUAUCAAUAACUAUGCUGAUGUCCCAUUUGCAACUGUAACUUCUGAUGUGCAUGGAAUCGAAGGAGAGCAUGGAGUUGAGGUCACUGUUAACUUUAGGACUGAGAAAGUAACCUCAGAUAGAUUCUACACUGAUUCUAAUGGAAUGAUUAUGGAAGAAAGAAUUAUUAACCAAAGAAAGCAUUAUGAUCUCACAGAUCUUCAAGGAUUUGAAGUAGUGUCUAACUUCUAUCCGGUGAAUUCAGCUAUUACAUUGAGAGAUGAUACAAAUCAAUUCACUAUUCUUAACGAUAGAGCUCAGUCCGGUACUUCUCUAAGGUCAGGAGAAAUUGAAAUUCUUAUCCACAGAAGAACAACAUUUGAUGACGAUAGAGGCGUUGAAGAACCACUAGACGAGAGAAACUCUGAUAACUCUACUAUAUCUGUCCAGAUCCAGCAUCAAGUGAUAGGAGCUACAAUCGAAUCUCUUCAUAAAGAGAACUACAAUGAAGUGAAGAGACUCCAAAGAGCUAUCAAUGAGGAACCUUUGCAAGUAUUUUACUCCAAGGUGCCUGAAUCUGCUCCUCAGGAAAGAUCUUCUCUUAAAUGCCCAUCACUGCCUAACAACAUUAAGCUAGUCUUGAAAGUACUGGACUCCCAAAGAGUAAUGGCUAGGAUCUACAACAUGAAUGAGCACUUUGACAACCUGACUGAGCCAACAUCUUUCGAUUUAUCCACACUAGUGAACUUAGUCGCUAAUCUUAGACAAGAAGGAGAAGGAUUCAGUGUAACUGAGUGGAACUUAUCCCUCAAUAAACAGGUGACUAGCUCAUCUAAGAUCAACUGGAGCAUUACAGAUGGCAAGGCUACCUUUGAAGGAGAGAAAUUUGAAACAGGAGUUGGCAACUACUUCGACCUUGGAAGCCAAGAAAUGAGAUCAUUCAUAUUCAACUUUGGAGAAACCUCUCCCAACCAAGUUGUUGAAUAA